UUCACCAUAAUUGGCAGAGAUGCUCAACUCUCUAUCCAUCUAUAAAUUGCAUAGCAACCAAAGCUCUAAUCACAAAGCAAAACAACAAAACACACACACACAAGAAAAGAACUCAAAAACUUUCAAGUUUUUUUCCAAGAUCAAAUCAUGUCUUCGUGCGGAAACUGCGACUGUGCUGACAAGACCCAGUGCGUGAAGAAGGGAACCAGCUACACCUUCGACAUCGUCGAGACUCAGGAGAGCUACAAGGAAGCCAUGAUCAUGGACGUUAAUGGUGCAGAAGAGAACGGGUGCCAAUGCAAGUGUGGCUCUAGCUGCAGCUGCGUCAACUGCACUUGCUGCCCCAAUUAAUAAAGCUCCUAAAUACACAUUUUAAAAGGGGCCAUUUCUCUUUUUCUUUUCCUCUUAAAUGUAAUAUGAAUAAAAGUUGAUGUGAGUUCAUCUAUUGAGCUCAUAUCUCUUAUUACUCUCUAGCAUGGUGUGUGAUGUAAUGGUUUUAUGGUCCCUUAUCCACUAAUACAUCAUAUUAUAUAUCUACGUAUUAGUUUCAGUUG